AUGCUAGAAGGAAAUCAGAGCUUUGUGACUGAAUUUGUCCUUUCUGGAUUCUCUGGACUUCACCCAGAGUACCAAGGCCUCGCCUCUGCUGUGCUAUUCUUGGUCUAUCUCUUCACAAUGAUUGGGAAUGCUCUGAUAAUUUUUUUAUUUGCAAAUGACUGCGGCCUGCACAAACCCAUGUAUUAUAUAAUCCUUAAUCUAGUUGCAAGUGAUAUUCUCUUCAGCACGGCCACGCUACCAAAGAUCAUUACUAAGUAUUGGUUUCAUUCAGGAACCAUUUCAUUCAGUGCUUGUUUUAUUCAAAUGUACUUUGUGCACUAUCUUGGCACAGUGAACUCCUUUGUUUUCUUCUUAAUGGCUUUAGAUAGGUAUUUGGCUAUCUGCUAUCCACUCAAAUACCCAGUUUUAAUGAGAAACUUCACAAUCUCCACUCUCAGUAUUACUGCCUGGAUCGCUGCAAACGGAGGUCCUGUGAUGAUGGUUAGCAGGGCUUACCCACUUCCUUACUGUGCCUCAAACAUUAUUGCUCACUGCUACUGUGAUCAUAUUAGUAUAACAAGGCUUGCAUGCACUGACAGGGCCCCUUAUGGUUUACCUGCAUUUAUCUUUGCAAUGAUUGUACUUCUUGUGCCUCUGGCUUUUAUCAUUUUCUCCUAUACCUCAAUAGUCAUCACUGUGGUGAGGAUACCAAAUUCACAAAACCGCCUCAAAACCAUGUCUACCUGCUGCACUCAGCUGAUAAUAAUCACGCUCUAUUAUCUACCCAGGUGUUUUGUGUAUAUGGCCAGCAACGUUGGCAUCAAAUUCAGCAGUGAUAUGCGCAUAGUCAUUAUCAUGAUGUACAGCCUUCUCCCCCCCAUGGUUAAUCCACUUAUAUAUUGCUUAAGAGCUAAAGACAUGAGAGAAAGUUUGAUUAAGCGAAUCAGGAGAAAAACUGUUUCACAAAAUGUAAAGGUCACUGUCAUUUUCAAGAACUGA